GGUAGACAAGAGGAGGUUUUUUCAUGUGAACUUUGCGAGGGUCCUCAUCAUAGGGAUAUGUGUCCACUGGGAGCUGCUCAGUUGGAAGAUGUCCAAUACAUCAAUAAUCCGCGAAGUCAAGGCCAGGGUGGUAUGUAUUCAAAUACAUACAACCCUCAAUGGAGACAUCACCCCAAUAUGUCAUGGUCAAACAAUAAUCCAGCUGGUGUUCGAAACAUCCCACCUCCUGGUUUUCAACAGCAGCAGCCUCAACCAGAGAAGAAACCCCAGCUGGAGGAGUUGAUUUUGGCUCAUAUGCAGAAAACAGACAAUAAUUUCAAGGGUCUUGAUCAAUUUGUCACUCAACAGCUAGCCAUCAACAAUAAUAUGCAAUCAUUUAUGCUAGCUAUGGAGAGGCAAAUAGGCCAAAUGGCUCAAACUUUGGCAGAUAUUCAAAGUAGGAUUCCCGGGACUUUACAAGCAAAUACCGAGAGGAAUCCGAAGGACGCCAUGGUUGUAGCGGUCACAUUGAGGAGUGGGAAGGAGUUGGAGGAUCCAAAGAGCAAGAAAAAUCCGGUAGAAAAGGAGUGCAAAGCAGCUGUAGAGGAAGAAAGUGCAAAAGCUGAAAAAUCUGACUUGCACAGGCAAACUGCAUGCAAUCUGCCUGUGCAUGAGCAUUCUGCCUGUGCAACUCCAAAAGUGGAAAAACUCAAGAAUGAAGAGGUAAAGCCUUAUGAACCUCCCACAUCAUUCCCUCAAAGGUUAAUAAAGCCUAUGGAAGACCCAAACUUCAAGAAAUUUGUGAAUCUCUUCAAGCAACUUCAGAUCAACAUACCACUAGCGGAGGCACUUGAACAGAUGCCUACGUAUGCUAAAUUCUUAAAGGAGUUGCUGACAAAGAAGCGCAAAUGGGCUGAUCUAGAAAAGAUAACCCUUACUUCUGAAUGUAGUGCUGUGAUUCAGAAUAAAUUACCAGAAAAGAGGGAUGAUUCGGGCAGCUUCACCAUUCCAUGUGUCAUUGGAGGUAGAGAGUUCGAUAAAUCACUUUGUGAUCUUGGAGAGGGAAUUAAUUUAAUGCCAUACUCAGUCUACAAGAAAUUGGGAUUGGGAGAUGUUCUUAAGCCUACUCGGAUCACUCUCCAAUUGGUUGAUCGAUCAGUGAAAAUUCCAAAGGGAGUGGUGGAGAAUGUAUUGGAGAAGGUGGGGAAGUUAAUUCUCCCAACCGAUUUUGUUAUUCUAGAGAUGGAAGAAGAUCGGGGAGUGCCUCUCAUUCUUGGGAGACCUUUUCUAGCAACUGGAGAUGCACUCUUCGAUGUUGGGAGAGGCAAGUUGACAUUCCGAGUAGGUAAGGAGGAGGAAAUUUUUAAUGUCUUUUAAAUUGAUCAUAAUCACGAUGCAUUUGAUGACUUUGAAAGUGGAGCUCGAGAAAGGAAAAAUUCCUCUUCUUGUGAUUGUGGACCAUCCGAAGAACUAUCACCUAUCCUAUAUGCUCAGAUUUUGAAAUCAAAGCAAGGGCAGAAAUCCUUGCCAGGUCACCUCAAGUAUAGAUAUUUGAGUAAGGAUUUCAAUCUUCCUAUUAUUAUUCCUUCUUCACUGACAUUGAAACAGGAAGAGUACUUGGUGGAGGCACUGCAAUACCACCUACGCCUCACUAAAGGAUCCAACAUGCCAACUAAGAAGGUCAUACCAAAUUUUCACACACCUGGCCCUGCAGAGGUGACUCAUAUGUUGGAUGGAGGGUAUGCAUUCUAUCAUUGCUCAGGAGGGUAUUCUGGAUACCUUUCCAUACCCAUUGGUUGAAAGCUCCAUGAACGUCAGGCUAAGGACGUUAAACAAGCGCUUCUUGGGAGGCAACCCAAUGUGAGUUUUCUUUUCUUUAUUUUUCUUUUUAGUUGUGUCAAACCCGUGCAUGUUUAGAUUAGGAGUUGAACAUUAGGGACAAUGUUCCAUCCUGAGUGUGGGGUGGUGAGUCUUAGUGUUUGUUUGUCCCUAUUGCAUGUGGUAAAAAAAAUUCAAAAAAAAAACUGUCAUUUGGGUUGUGCACAGCCAAACUGCAUGCAGUCUACCUGUGCUAGUGCAGUCUGCCUGUGCUAACCUAAUGGCUACAAAACACCUAAAAAUCAGAAAAAUUAAAAACAAAAUCUUGUACUCUUGUGGUAACAUGAUGUAAAUGACCGCGAUGCAUGUGAAAUGAGUUUGUGCAUGAAGGAAAUCAUCGAAAUCACCCCCACUAGUGGUGAAUUGCAUAGUUUUUCACAAUGGCUUGAUGUUUUGACUGACUUGAUGUGCUUUGAAUGAGAAAACUCUUUUAGCAACACUCUAUUUUGUGAGGAUAGUGUAAUGACUUUUGGUGAAGUAGUUAGGUGGAGAUUUGUGAGCUUUUGAUUUUGCAAUGAGUCUCUCUGUUUUGAAUGUUUUAGAUGGGGUGAACUGUAUCUUUAUAAAAGAAAACACUACCUGACAAGUAAAAUAUAAGAAAGUUGCCAUAACCAUUGAAGUGUGGGUAAAAUGUCAAAAUCGUGUGAGGCAAUCACUCAUUUCACAGGGGGGUUAGGAAAGAUUCAAUUGAGAAUCGGUUCGCGACCGUACGAUGUUGCUUAUCAAGUACGAUCCCCCGUUGAGUGAAGUGCCAUUUGAGGAUGUGCAGUGACCCUCCACACAAACCGAGGAAAAGGAGUUGAAAUAAGCCCUUAUGCGAGUGCUAAGAAGCAGAAAUUCCUCUUGCUCGGUCACCGGUAGUAAGAAACAAAUCCCACUUGUACUAAAUACGACUACUCGGCAAGCAAAAUCAGAAAGAGAGAAAACCUCUCCUUGUCAGAAAGGUAGUGAUGUGCUUAAAGUUAAAAGCAAGUUUGCCAAAAGCUUCCCCCAUUUGUUUUUUAGACUCAUGCUUAAUUAAUUGCUUAUGAUUGGUGUGAGUAAGCCAGACUGUCCUCACGAGGUAUGUACCUCACUGAUGUGGUUAGAUUCUCCUAAUAACUGUUGCACCAUAAGUUGUUAACCACCCACUACCGACGACCUGAAUUGAGUGUUUGCUAAUUGAGUUUUUGGUGGAUUUGAGUCAGUCAAUGUUAAAGGGUUGCAAGACCUUGAGUGUGGGGUGAAAGGUAUGAUUAUUAAAGCAUAACUCAUCAUUUGAGAAAGAAACUACUAAUUAUCACAAGAGUACAAGGAUACAUUUUUUGUGUUAACGUUGUGUUUUGUGUGUCGUGGGUCUUGUGUUUUGAGAAAGGUUGUGUCUCCCUGGUCUGUGUUGUGUUUCCUCCAAUUAUCGUUCUCUUGUGUGAGUCGUUGCUUAGGUACAAGCAACAAUUGAGUGUGGGGUUGUGAUAAUCGGCUUUAAUAUAUCGGAUUCUUGAACUUUAUGUGACUAUCCUAUGAUCUGUUUAAGCCGAUUGGUGCUAUUUUAGGGCUCGCUAACCCGGAAAUGGUUGAAAAACCAUUACUGCCUAGUGCCAUGAGUUUGAUAUGUUAUAGGUGGAGAAAGCACGAAAAAGAAGCAAGUGCACAAGCAAUUAAUCGGGCCAAAAUCACUUUGUCUCGGGGAGGAGACGCAAUUGGGCCAGGAAGAGGAGUGGGACACGUUUUUGGGCGGAGGAAUUAUAUUUUUGGGCCCGAGAGACUAUUUUUGGGGUGAGUCAACGAGGGAUGGGUGGCUAUUAUUAAUUCUUGGGCCAAGAAAAUUGGCCAGGGGACGGAACUAAUUUAGUGAGGGGGGAAUUCUUUUUGGCGAAGAGUAGCGGGGAGUGUUUUGGCCUUUGGGGGAUUGAACUUUAUGGACGGCAGAAAAGAGUAGCAGGGAGCAAGAAGGGAUCGCGAGCGGCUCGAGCGCAGAGGAGAAUAAAAAUUCCCGAGCGCUACCGAACGCAAGCAGCAGAGCACGGUGCGACUUUCGAGCAGCAAUUGGAGCGGAUAACAGAGCCGAUUGGAGAGAAAAUCAGAAUCUGUGAUUUAUUUCGUAUCAGAAUUUUCUCUCCUUCUCGUUACUAGUUUUAUGAUGAUUAUGAACAUGAUUGUGUAUUUUAUUUUCGUCAUGAACUAAACCCCAAUUGCUGGGGGGGAAACACCAUAGGAUGUAGCUAUUUCUAUACUUGAUGAAUUAAUUCGUAAAUCUUUUCCUCCAAUCUCUAUUGCAUGGAAUUGCUUAAUGUUUUGUGUUGACUGGCCACCAAUAAUUUGAUUUGUUGUUAAUUAGGUUAUUAGCGACAGUGAAACCCUAAUAACUGAACAUAUUUCAUGUGACAUAGUAACUUAUCGAAGCGACAGUGGAUUAAAUAAGAUGUUAUGUGGUCUUGAAUAGGAUAUCGAUCUUCAGGCUAAAUAAUUAAGUCAUUGAGCUACGACGGUAGGAUUUGAUUUAAUUGUUUAGUACGUAGUAAUUCCCGACAGGGAUAGCUAGCACAGUAGUGAUAUCCUGGCUGUAGAGAGUUGGAUUAAAUUGAUUGGAAUAUGUGAAUUAAUUUGGAUAUGAUAGGUAGUGAAUUUCGGUGUUUCUCCCAGAGCUUUCUCCAUUGAAUUUCUCCCGAACAUUUUAAUUUGCUUGUUUUGUUUAAUUAUUUUUUUAUUAGAUAAUAAUUUCAUCAACCAAACCAUUUUCACAUAUAGUUUGCUCCAUAGAAUUGAUAAAUCAUAAGGUUGUAC